AUGAGUCACAAUCCCGACACUGACGUCCCCGCUGGUCCAAUUACAGGUCCAACUACAGGACUCGUCAAGACUGAAGGAAUUGACAGCAUUGCACAAGAGAUCAAACAGGAGAAUGGGGUUUCCGAGCUCGCAUCGCCUACUCCUAACUCAGUGGGUGUUCCGUCGCAAGAUUUGCCGAAAUUAGCCAGCAUCAACUCUCUUGUAAAUGCAACAGAAUCUGAUUACAACUCCAGUAUGUCCAGACAGGGCACCGAAAUUGAGGCGACCGAGGAUAUGACUUCUGAUGCUGAAAGAACGCCAGAGCACCAUGCUGAUGCCGAUACCUCGGAGAGCGCAGACACCUGGGGUGGAGAGAACUUCCCUAACAUAAAGCCAAUCAAGUACUUGAAAAAGGCAGAUGGCGAACCCUUCUGGCGAAAAGAUGUGCAGCACGAUUUCUUGAAAUGUCUCUUUGAAGACGACCAAAGGGUCUUCACCAACAAUUUUGAAUGGUGUGAGGUCUCUCGUGCGGCCAACCAUCAUAAACUCACUUUCGCUGAGCUAUACCUAAGAACUAUGGUCGAGUCUCAUAAAUGCUCCAAAAUUUUGCGGGAGCGUCUCAUCGGAAAUCCUGAAUUGGGUCUCAAUGUAAGUAAAUUGUGUUUCCUUGUCAACGCUGGUCGUAUCAACACCACUGUCAACUUCUUGCCUGAGACGCGCCCUUCAUUCCGCACCUUUCACCCGGUUCCCUGUUUGCAGUCAGAUCAAGAUGGCCCUGUGAAAGUACUUCAGGAUACACCUAGGCUUAAGGCGAUUCUUAAGUCAGUUUGUGAGACCGAUGCAAACAUGUUCACAUUGUUGGACCUCAUACGCUCUCCAAAACAGGAGAAGCCAAAUACGAAUGUUUUCAAAGUCAUCUAUUUACUCAGCACAUUUUUCCAGAAUAUCCCAUUCCACUAUGAUGAUUCUUCUGACUUGAAAGAUGCUCCUCUUGAUGAGAAGCCUAACAUCGCCAAGUCCUCUAAUCAUCCCUCCAACAAGUUCAUGGAAUUUUUCACGGAAGAUAACAUGUGCCCUAAAAAUCGCGCCCAGCGUUUCCUUUGGCUUGUCUACACUUACCUAGAGACCUCGUUUACUCAAGAUGAAUUAGAAAAGAAUCCUUACAACCCAAAGCAUAUCCCUCCUGUGAAAUUUUUAACUCAAGAAGAAAUUGAUGCAUGUGAUAUCGAUCUAGAAACAGAGAAAGACUUUGCGAAAAGAAUGUGCGCCAUAAGGACUGACUUUUUGGACUUGAACGGAAGCAACUUUGCACCCAGAAAAAAAUAUACACACAAAUCGCCCUCAGCUAGACCUGAAUCCGAGCCUAAUUCGUCUGUAAAGUUUGAAAGAUCGGAAGAUGACAAUAGAGAAGAUACCCCUUCAAAUUAUGGAAAUGAUGGAGCUGGUGAAGAUCAAGAAUCGGCAGAAGGACAUCGGAAUGGCCAACGGUUUAAGAGGAAGAAACCAACUGCAUCUGUUGGUGCGUUGAUCGAGUUCAGCAAGAACUCUGUGGUACUGGAGGGCAAAUGGAACAAUCCUGAAUUCCCAAUAAGGAACUUGGAACAAAUUAAAAAACGGUUCAAUGAUAAUUCUUGCGCUACGUUGCUAAAGAAUAUUCCUGAUGGUACAGCUAUAUCUUGUACAAAAAGAAAGCAGAUAAUACAGAGAAAUCAUCAAGACUUGACCAAGCUAGCUUCGACAGUUGGUCUCAACAAGAAGAUGCGGGAUGGUUUGUUAUCACAAAUGCGCCAGUAUUUCGAAUACAAAAAAGACUCUCGUUUGGGGCUCUUGGGUAUCGAAUGGGAAGACAUCAGAAGCGAUUUAGUAAAUGGUGUUGAGGCUUACCUAUACCAACAACUCGGUAAAACAAUGCUUCUACGUCAACAAUUACAAAUGAAAGAAGAGGACAGAUCUAACGGCUUAGAUAGUGAACUAGCAAGAAAAGAUGUCUUCGCGAAUUGCAUCAACCUUGAAUUAGGGGACCUUGCACCUGAAGACUUGGCAAGCCUUGACAGACUCGGAGCCGGGUGCCUUGCCGAGCAUGACUACGAUCGUACCAACGAACGGUCAGCCCAUGACUUCGCGAUAAUUGAAAUCAUGACCUCCGUGUUGCUGAGAAAUAUUCAGCUUAAGAGCAUUGGCAGUGAGGCAUGCUCCUUUGAUCUCGUUAACGGAACCAUGCUGUAUAGAUAA